UGUAGAAUUUGCUUAUGUACGAAAGAUGUGCUUUAGAAUUUGGUGCAACCUAUCCUUUUAUAGGAAGUAUGUAUAGUGCUCAUUUUUCGUAUAACUAUGGUAGACAAAUCGCCGGCAUUCUUAUUGCAAGACCUCUGGUUGCAUUUAACGCCUGGAAUUAGCCUUAAAAAAUAAAAGGAAGAAAGAACAUUGAGUAUUAGCACUGUGUAGUUCAGAAAUUAAGAACCACGUACUCGGGAGUUCGGGAGAUAUAUGGUUCCAGAAGGGAAACAUUGUGUGGCACAUUUGGUAAUGUACUUGCCCGUCAAAUUAGCGCGAACUCUGGAAUUGCCGACAUUGUAGUUUGGCAACAGACGUAUGCAACUCUAUAUUGUGGCUACACGCAAUAUCCAGGCACAAGCUUGCCGAAAACUGUGGUUGAUGAGUUUAUUGCUGUUGAAGAAAUAUACAUGUGGGGGAUGCUUGACGUUGAGGCGAAGAACGACAGUGGGUGAAGUGAACGACGUGACGGCCGCUUCCCGAAGUUGCAACGAAAGGAGCAUUGACCUUUACACACGUACUGUCCAGGUGAAAUCGUUGCGCGCGUUCAGCGCAGAACGAAUCGACUGCCUCUGCGGCCCACAAACACCAUUACGUGAACCAGCAUAGCGUGUGCGCAUCGCCUUGAUACCGCUUGGGUAAAGCCUAACCGCGCACAUAGAUUAAAAGAAAAAAAUGAUGAGGGAACGUUGCUUAGUGUCACUUCUCACGGUCGCUGCGCAGACGACGGGGCGCGCUGGAGUAACUUCCGCGUUACCGGCUCGCCGUAUGACAACGUGACGCUGUUCGGCAUGACGCUGGUGGUGUGUGGCUACUGCCUCAUCUACGGCAUGUUCGUCUGGUACCUGGACAACGUCUGGCCCUGGCAGUACGGCAUCCCGAAGGACCCGCUCUUUUUCACCAAGUGGAGCUACUGGUUCUACCGCGGCCGUGUACCGGUGACUGUCAGCGAGUCGACCACGGACUCUUCGGAGCCCAACGCCCCCAUAGAGGGUGUCGGAGACCGCACCAAUCCAGGAAUUGUGCUCAACGACGUCACAAAGAUGUACCACAACCAGACAGUGGCCGUUCGUCACGUGAGCCUGAAGGCAUACCCGGGUGACGUCACGGUGCUACUGGGUCGCAAUGGUGCGGGAAAGACCACGCUGCUGCGUCUCAUCACGGGCCUCGAGCAGGCUACCGAAGGCUGCGUCUACGUGGCCGGCUACGACGUCGCGCUCGAGACGGACUCCGCGCGCCGAUCCAUGGGCUUCUGCCCGCAGGAGAACGUGCUCUUCCUCGGCCUCACCGUCCUCGAGCACCUGCAGUUCUUCGCCAGAGUGCGCACUUUUCGCGACUUUCAACACGGCCUCAUGUAUAUCGCAAACUGAUUCGUUUUAGGAUGAAUACAAACGUCCGGUGGCUCAACUUAAAAAAAAAAUGUUACUAAGGCGAAACGCUAAAUAAGUUUAGAAUGCCAUGUUGUUCUUUCUAAACUCAUUGGCAUUUCUAUGGCGAAAAAAAAUUGCUGAAUGAAUGAAGGUCAAACUUUUGUAUUUUUCAACUUCGUGUCCAAACGGUGGCACCGACAACGUGGGUGCGACGUUCCUGAUUUCACGGUAUU